ACAAAGGCGACGGCGACGAGUUAUAUCAUACCCUUCGCCAGGACCAGUCGCAGAACACACGUCAAAACACGUCGUCGGUCGUCGGGAUUUUUCUUGUAGGCUGCGUAGGGGAUCAGUUUUCCAGCUCAGGGGAACACACAUUUUCAUACAAAAAUAUGGCCGUCGCUGGCAAUGUUCGGUUGCUGGACAUGGCACGGUCUUUUUGGAAGUGUAGUUUUUUCGGAUGAAAAGUGAUUUUAGUGUUUAUUGUGCAAGAGGAAAGAUUGAAGAAAAGUGUGCAAGCUGUUUGGAUAAAAAGUUGUUGGAUUACCUGGGUGGGAUUGAAAUUUUGGAGUUUUCCGCUGGAAGUGUUUUUACGGAUCGCUUACGCCCAUUUUUCUCCAGGAUGUUGGACAACAACAUGAACGAAAUGCACCCUUGUUAAAAGUUAAAAGCACAGAAAUAAACCAACCCCACGGAAAUGUGCCCGACAGCGUCUUCGCAUUUUUCCCGCCGGUCACGAUUCAUCACCAUCAUCAGCCGACGAAUCGUGCCCAACGACCGAACAAAAAGUCUUCACCGAUAAAAGUGAAAACAUUUUCGGGAACAGAGCUUUGAGGGCAAAUAAGCGUACCUACUAUUUAGAACAGGGACAGAUACCCUGAACAUAGUGCCCAGUUCAACCGAAAUCAACAGAUCCCACCAGAAUAAGAUAAAAUAUACCAGGGGAACGCCUCCACACCUUCAUCAACCCAGGAAGGUUCCGAGAAAAAAAAAGAAAUCCAUUCAACCAUCAUUUGCCAUCCCAUCAUCGCGUACUGAGAGCGGAAUCGCAUUAACACGUGGUGUCCAUUCAGCAGAAUUCCUGGAAACGGGGCACACACUCCUAACCCCCUUUGAGGUAUUUCAGGACCUUCAACGAAUCCGGCAGGGGUGCGCAAAAUUUCCCUUAAAAGCUAGACAGCAGCGUCAGAAACGGUUUUCCUCGUUGGGUUUAUGUACGGCACUGGGAGCCCCCCAUCGAAACUAACGGGGGGCUCCACCAUGUCCAUGUCCACGCGGUCCAAGCGGGCCAAAAAGGCCACCUGGGGUGCCCGGGAAAGGGCCGGCAUGAGCUUCCUGAUUGUGAUAGCCUUCUUCGCCAUCUUUGGACUGAUUAUACUGACCGAGGUGCUCAUGAUUGAUGACCGCGGCCGAGGAGGAGGAAUCAUUGUUAGACAUGGCAGCAGCGGGGGCCGCUUUGGGGAAUCGAUUCCUGAUUACGACGAUGUAAAGGACGAUUAUCUGGAUGAUACGGGGAUAUUCGUGCGUGAAACGAAGUAUGGCAGCGCGGCAAUCAAAAGCAUGUUAAAAAAUCAAAAAGACACUAAAAUGUCGAUUGGCAUGACGGUACAAUUAGAUCCGGCCGAGCAGCGGAAUCCUCCGGUCAUCCCCUGGGGUCAAAUGCUCCCCUCCAAAACUGAACAAACGCUUCCAAAGUACCCGGGCGACUUCCGGCCAACGGAUGGCAGCUGGGAGGUGGUCAACGGAACUCGGUACAAGUUUUUCGUGUUUUCCGCAUUCUACGAUCGGAGGGACGGAAAGCUGGUGCGGAUUAUUGGGGCCACCAAAACACGUGGCCCGGAAAAGGUCUGGUGCCGGUUCUGGUACCAAACGGGAUCCAACACUACCCGGUAUCGGUCAGCUUCGGUGAUGGCCAGAGUUAAGAUCAUUCGGGAAAACUGGAACCUGAAGUACAGUGCAUGUUUUAUCCUGUGUCCCAUUCGAGGUCCUUUUCCGGAGAUUCCGUACGCUGUUAGUGUAGUUAGCAAAAUUAAAUUACCACCGGCCAACGUUCUGCUGUUGCGGAACACCGAUAACGAUCCAGAUUUCAACAAUCGAACAUUCAGCAACAUUCCAAACAGCAUCGGAGUUUGCGUUAAACCGCUGCAUUUCAACUAUGAUCAGGCUCUGUACCUACUGGAAUUCCUGGAGCUGAACAGUCUUCUGGGCGUUACCCACUUCACCUUCUACAAUCACACAAUCGGUCCCAAGGCCAGCUGUAUCCUGGAGCACUACAUCAGUGGCGAUUUGCCUCCGUUGAUAACCUCCUUUGGAUCUCCGGCAACGCGAACUUCCCCCAACGUCCCCCACUCGAGCCACCAUUCGACCCUGGAUCACAACGAAGUUUCUCCAACCGAUCGGCGAGGAUCGGAUGACAAUAUUUCGGCUCCCUACCAGAAGCCCAGGAUCACCGUUAAUAUUUUGCCCUGGAAUCUACGGAUGCGAUCACAGAAAGAAAUCCGAACCGAAGGAUUGUUUGCAUCGCUGAACGACUGUCUCUACCGAAGCAUGUACAGAUACUCACACGUAGCACUGAUUGACCUGGACGAGUUCAUUAUUCCACACCACAACGACACUUUAAUCGAUCUAAUCAAUUGGCUUUCGAAACGAAUAAAUAGCCGGACAACGGGAGCUUAUUCGUUCCAGAAUGCAUUUUUCUAUUUGCAAUUCGCGGACGACGAUUUGAUCUACGGCGUAGAGGGUCCGACGUCCGAAGGUGUUUCGGAGCAACAACGGGUCCCUACAGCUGAGGUCAAUCUGAGGGCUGCUCUGACAUCGCAGCGUAAAACGCGACGAAGAUCCAAGCUGCAUCCACAGAAGCAGCGAUCGAAGUACAUCUGCAAACCGGAAGCCGUGAUCGAAGCUGGAAAUCACUUUGUGUGGGAGUUUUGUCCCGGGCGGGGAUCGUUGAAUGUACCGGCGGAUGCGGCCAUUCUGCAUCAUUAUAGGGUUUGCGAGUUCGGUGGCGAUGAUUGCGUGAAAUCUCCCUCGGUGGUAGACCGAACAGCUCAUCGGUACUCGAAGCGGCUGCUGGAUCGAGUGGGCACCGUCUACAACUAUCUGAAGGACACCUGUCAGCUGCAGGACAUUCCCCGAGCACCCACCAGACCACCUCCCACGAGGAAGAAACAGCUGAAGAUUCGGAUUCCGCUGAGGCCAGAAUCGUUGAAAACGGCUGCUGGCGCUAGUGGAGUUAGCAGUAGUGGAGGCACCUUGAAGGCAAGCUCCAGAAGUCCCGGAAGCACCAAUAACAGCAGUCGUAGUAGUAGGAACUACUUGGCUGAUUCCAUGAUUAAAGUGAUUUCCAACCGACGAACGUAGGAUGUUUGUGUUGAUAUUUUUGGAAGGCAAGUGUCUAUGGGGAGCUAUUUUUAUACAAUUAUUGUAGUGGAGAGAUUACUUAACGGGAGGGAGAAACUCGCAUUCGUUCGAAAAUUUUAUUGGAACAUUUGACUAGGUACAUAUAAAUAAUAAUCUUAUUCUUAGUGGCUAGUUUGAGUAAAGUUUUGAAACGAACUAAUACAAAAAUAAUACGAAAACGUGACGGCACAAUCUCUUUUGAUUGCUAAUAAAAAUAGCAAAUCUCAAGGUAGAUAUUUCAACGAAUAAAAAAGAGCAUCUCUAGGCUUCUUAUAGUUGAAAUGCGACAGUAAUAAAUUAACUGUGACUAGGCACGCAACUACUCACUCGUAGAACAUUUCCUAGGUCGGCUGUACGUGAUCGAUGGCCUAUUUGAUCGCUUCCUAGUUUUACUUGUUACUUAUCUUAUCGAACAUAAACAUACCUUAUAACUUACUCCAAGCACUUCUUAAGGCGAAAGGCCGAAUGGAGCACUUGACGGGAACGAAAUCAUAACUUAGUUUUUCACACACAACAUAACGCAAGAGAGAUAAAAGAGAAAACUUAAUCUAUUAAUCCGAUAUGAUGGUCAGAUAUUAAAGACAAAAUGUAUAAAAAAAAAGAUGACAACUAGCGACAAUGGAGUACACAUACAUAGAAACGAAAUAGAACACCGCAUAUCAGACUCUAGAUUUUAACUUACAGGCUCAGUUUGGUUCAACGAUGUGAUGCAGCUACAAUUUAUUAUCGUAACCUAGUAACGCGGCGACAAAUUGUCGAGAUAUUCGUGGACGCUAACUUACAGGAAUGUUACUACACACUAGCUCAAACUUAAAUAUUCUAACGGAAGGAAUUUUGAAUAAAAACGAAAUGUGAAUAGAGAUACGUUUGGCCCUACAUACAUAUGUAAGACCAAAGGACAAACAAAUGCAGCGUAAUUUGCAUAAGAGCAGUGCUCAUUCGGUACACAGCGAGUUGAAGAAGAUGAUCAAAUCAAAACUAACGGAAAAUGGCUUACACUUUUUUGAUUGAGAAUCAAAUUUAAAUAUGUAUGUAUGUGAGAAUUGAUGCAAUAACAUUAUAACAGUAAACAUCAAACCAUGUGGAUUAUGAAUUUGAAGAAAAGUAAAAAAAAAAAUAAAAGAAAGAGGAUUGGAAUGGAA